GUAUUGAAGGGCACGAUAUCACCGGUCCUUCACCAGUCUGUUUGAGUCUCAACGAACCAGACUGACCUAGGAACUCACCGGUUCUUCACUGGUUCUUUACCGGUGGGCAAACGUUCUGUUAUCUUUUUAUUUGUAAUUUCUUCGGCCUUUACUUUGAAGAACAACACUCGGAAACUGAACCCAUCCGGUGGGAAGCUUGACGUUGUUUACAGCCCCGGUACCGGAGCUUCCCAGGUCGGCUACGGUACCGUAGAACUCCUGGUCCGCUACGGUACUGGAGCAGACCCCGUCCUACCGCACGGAGCACCCGGUAUUAUGCGGUAAGGACACCGCGUGUAGGACGAAGGUCACUGGAACCUUACGGCGCCGCACGGACCCGCGUCGAGACGCGGCGUCGCACGGACCCGCGCUCCAGACGUGGCGUCGCAUGGCCCCUCGCUCGAGACGCGCACCCGGCCCCGUUCCCCGGUUCCGGUACCAGUGGUCCAUCAAUGAUGGUUUCGUUCCACUCCGCCUCUGCUCGGCUGGGCGGGCGAUGGAAAUACAACUAAACGCGUCGUUACACUCAGCAGGCCACUCCCACUACCGGCUCCGCCCCCAGACGGCAGUGGAUGGAUGAUGUCUUGGAGGAGGAGCUACUCAGGGGGCGGGGCUCCCCAGGGGCUCCAGGACACCAGGGGCAGUAAGGGGCUGAUCAACCAGCCAGGACAGAACAACUGCUUCCUCAACAGUGCCCUGCAGGUCUUGUGGCACUUGGAUAUUUUCCGCCGUAGUUUCCGUCAGAUGUCGUCUCAUCGCUGCUCUCAGGACUCAUGCGUCUUCUGCGCCCUCAAGAGCAUCUUCUCAGAGCUGCAGUCCAGCAGCCGCUCUGUGCUGCCGUCGGACUCCCUGCGGACCGCCCUGGCGCUGGCCUUCAGCCGCCAGCAGCGCUUCCAGCUGGGCGGCAUGGACGACGCCGCCGAGUGCUUCGAGAACAUCCUGAUGAGAAUCCACUUCCACAUGUCUGAGGAGAGCAGCCAGGACAACAGUUCCUCCUCCCCCUGCUCCUCCCCCUGCUCCUCCCCUCUCUGCAUCCCCCACCAGAAGUUCUCCAUGAGGCUCUAUGAGCAGUGUGUGUGUAGCAGUUGUGGAGCAUCAUCAGACCCUUUGCCCUUCAAUCAGAUGAUUCACUACAUCUCCACCACCUCACUGUGUAACCAGGCAGUGGAGAUGCUGAAGAGGAGGAGCGAUGCGUCUCCUGCUAUGUUUGGGGAGCUGCUCCGUAACGCCAGCAGUGUUGGAGACCUGCGCAACUGUCCUGCGGGCUGUGGUUCCCAGCAGCCUCUGUUCAGAGUCCUCCUCAACUCUCCGGAGGUCGUCACCAUCGGCCUCGUCUGGGACUCGGCAACCUCUGACCUCGCUGGUGACCUCAUCCACGCCCUGGGGACACGCCUCCGGCUGGGGGACCUGUUCGGUCGGGUGGAGCAGGUGAAGGCGCGGGCGGCCGAGCUGUACCUGGUGGGCGUGGUCUGUUACUACGGGCGACACUACUCCUCCUUCUUCUACCACACCCGAACCCGCAGGUGGAUGUACUGCGAUGACGAGAAGGUGACGGAGGUGGGCCCCCGCUGGAGGGACGUGGUCUGGCGCUGCAUUAGGGGCCGGUACCAGCCUCUGCUGCUGCUCUACGCUGACCCCCGCGGGGCGGCGGUGGUCCUGCACCCCCCCGCCCCCCCAGACCCCCCCGCCCGCGGCCCGCAUCCCCCCGGCCCCGCCGACGACAGCGAGGACUCAGGGCGGGACCUGUCCGUCUCCAGUGAUACCCGUACCGAUUCGUCCACAGACAGCUGCUCCCGCCCCCCCAGCAGACAGACAAACACAGGGGAGCCUCUGAAGGAUCACAAGGCCGCCUGCCCUCCUCCCCGCUCCUCCUCUUCCUCCUCCUCCUCCUCCUCUUCCUCGAGGAGGCUCCGUGACUUCAAGGAGACGAUGACCAGUAUCAUCCACAGCCGCCCGCUCUCCUGCUCCUCCUCCUCCUCACUCCCCUCCUCCUUCCCCGCUGGCCCCGCCCCUAAAGGGCAGGACUGGGAGACGGACAGCUGCAGCAGCGAUUGGCGGGCGUGUGAGCGGGGGGGGUGGGGCGUCUGGAGGCCCAAGAGGGAGGGGCUAAACAUCGACGGCCUCUUCAGCCGCGAGAGGCGGCGGCAGGCCGGGUACAGCCCCCUUGGGGGGCCCCUGCUGGAGGACCCCCCCCCGGCCCCCCACCCUGGCCCUUACCUUAACCCUAACCUUAAACCUAGCCUUAACCCUAACCUUAAUCCUAGCCCUAACCUUAACCCUGGCUCUGGUCCAUACCUUAACCCUAACCUUAAGCCUAGCCCUAACCCUUACCUUAACCCUGGAUCUUACCUUAACCCUAAACUUAAGCCUAGCCUUAAGCCUAACCUUAACCCUGGCCCUUACCUUAACCCUAACCUUAAGCUUAGCCUCAACCUUAAGCCUAACCCUAACCUUAACCCUAAACCUGGCCCUAGCCCGAACCCGAACCGCAACCCCAUAUUUGGCCCUGGACAUAUUCAACCAAAGCUUAAUUCUAGUAGCAACACUAUGCAGGGGGGAGGAGGUGGGAGGCAGGGGGGAGGAGGUGGGAGGCAGGGGGGAGGAGGGAUUCAGAGGACGGAGAGCGGUUAUGAAUCCAGCGAGAGAAACAGCAGCCCAGUAGACCGGCCCCCCGGUCCACUGGGCCUCCAGACCCCCUGCAGAUCCUCCGGUCGCAGUGAGCUGGACGAGCUCCAGGACGAGGUGUGGAAGCAGGCGAGAGAGGAAGAGGAGCAGUCAGAGAGGGAGAGAGAGAGAGAGGCGGCCAUGGGAUUUAACCCCACACCCAGCAAGGUCCUGGACCUGGACCAGCUGCAGAUACAAGGCACCAGGGUCAGGGCCGAGCGGUGUGUAUCUGAGGCGGAGCUUCAUUUGGACCAAUCAGUGCGUCUGGAGAAGGCGGGAGAGGUGGCUGCUGCCCUCUCAGUGGUCAACGAAGCUGUCACAAAGCUCACAUCCACGCCAGCAGGGAUUCAACCAAGCAACCAGCGCAGGAGAACUGGCUCACAGGCACGUCUGCAGGGCUGCCUGCAACGAGCACGAAGCCUACAGCAACGCAUGCUGCUGCAGCAGGAAGUACAGCAAAAACUUCAGCAGGAGAGGGUAGAGCAGGAGCAGGAAGUAGAGCAAAAAUUACUGCAGGAAGCACAGCAAAACCUAAAACAGGAAGUACCACAUAAACUGCAACAGGAAGUACAACUGAAAAUACAUCCAGAUGUACUACAACUACAAUGGGACGUAAAACAAGAAAAACUACAACAACAGGAAGUAAAACAACAGCUGAAACUACAACAGAAUGCACAACAAAAGCAGAAAUUACCAAAUGAACUACUAGCAAUAUUAAGCCAAGAAAAUAUUUAUUCUAAUAAGAACCAUCAGUAUCACCAUGGAUACGGUCAACAACCACGACCCUUCCUCCUGCUAGCAUCAGCUGGCUUCCUGGAGGAGGCGGAGCUACAGCUACCACAGGCCUCCAGUUCAAAGCCUGUCUUGCUCGAAGUACUUCUGACAGACAGACAGGAGCACCAAGCCCCGCCUCCUGUUGACUCCACCCCCAUUAGGCUGGCCCCUACAGGUUCACCCCGGGAGGACUGCAGGGGGGCUGACGAGUCCCUCCCCCCCCCUCCUCCAGGCCACGCCCCAUCAAUUAGCCACACCCAUAAAAUUACAGAUAGGCACAGACGCACACAGGCCCCUCCCCCUUUCAGCUCAGCCCCACCCCCUUCUGCCAUGGCAACCAUGUCGGUGGAGCACCGACUGCACGCUGAAGGCCCGACCGACCAAUCCCAGGACACCCUGCGCGGCUCGACCAUUCAGGACACGUCUGAGCUGGACGCCUUGUACCGGGCCAGCCUGCGAGCUCCCAGAAUGCAGCGGGGCAGCAGAAACAGAGCCAGCAGGUCUACGACGCCCACAGCAGAGAUGGAGAAAUACCCCGACCGACAGGUGACCCAACCCACCCUACAGCUGACCCCCCCACUCUAAAGGUGACCCCACCCUACAGUUGACCCCACCCUACAGGUGACCCCACACACCCUAGAGGGGACCAACCCCCCCCCCAUCCUACAGGUGACCCCAUCCUACAGGUGACCCCACACACCCUAAAGGUGACCCCACACACCCUACAGGUGACCCAACACACCCUACAGGUGACCCAACACACCCUACAGGUGACCCAACACACCCUACAGGUGACCCAACACACCCUACAGGGGACCACCCCCCCCACCCUAACGGUGACCCCAUCCUACAGGUGACCCCACCCACCCUAAAGUUCCAGGGAGGUUUCCAUGACGAUGAGGACGACAGUGCAUGGAGCCUGCGACGCACCAGCCGACGGCUGAGGGCCCGGGCCCGCCCCGACCGAUACCGCUCCUCCCCUCCUCCUCCUCCCACAGAGCACUCAGAUCAGACUGACAGGAGUUCCCCCGAGCUGAGGAACCUCGGUGGCCAGGGUCUACAGCACCAGCCCCGGGCCCCAUCCGCCUUGCUCUAGGGGUCCAGAGGAGCCCCACCUGCCUCCAGGGGAGCUCCACCCUUCUUCGGCCUACUCUACCCUGCCCCCCGUAACACCCGACUCCAGCCCCCACCCCUCCCCCCAAGAACACCAGUCCUCCAGAACCCCAACAUACUCCAGAACUCUGAGCUGCUGCUAGGGCAACAGAACCAGUCCUCUAUAAACCAGUCUUACUUCUUGAAACAUUCCCAAACCUCCUCUAUAUUCCAAGCCGGAUCUGAACUUGAACUCAACGCUGGAGGUGGAUCCUAGUUCAAGAGACUAUAGCUAAACCGGUGUCGUUUGUAAUGGACUUUCAAUCUUAUAUAUUCAACACAUAAUGGUUAUGUUACAAUGUCAAUUUAAAUUCUUGAUUACCCCAGGUCUGCCAUGUGUAGCUGUAGAGAUGACUAGGGUGUCUGCACUGAACAGUGGCUGUAGACUUGUCUAGUCGGGUGUGGACUGCUGUCCAGAGGCUGUAGUGCCACCCCAACAUCGUGAUGCUGAAUGUCCGGCAUGCGACGUCACCAUCAGGAUGCAUUCUGGGUUUAUUUUUCUAAACUAGUUGUGUGCUUCCCCUAAACUGCACAUUUAUGCCGCAAAAUGAUCCCGUCUCUACUGCUGGCAAGUGUUCAGCAUGAGCUCAGCCUAGUUAACCUCGUCAGUACCUCUGAAGUGUUUAUACAGUUUUACUACGGAGGUUUCCUAAUUGCGUGGAUUGAAAGUAUUGUUGAAUAAAGCAGACGGAGGCAGAGUGGAGUCAAAGGGCUUUAUUGAUCAUCUACUUGUCCUCAGGCUUGUUGAAGCAGUAGGUCAGGCAGCACUUCCCACAGUAGUGUCUGUCGAAGUGGCUGGCCAUAAAAACACCGGCGCCGCACUCGUCUGCUGGGCACUCCCGGCGCAGACGGUGGAUCUUCCCGUUCUC